AUGAUGUGCGGAGAUAAAAUAGACGCAACUAAAAACGGUAACGAAUCACAUCCUACCCAUGAACAACAGACAUGCAGGGAAAAGCGUUUAACCUCUCUCCAUGCCUCGGUCGCAGUUUUGGAGGCUGAAGUGGUACGAAUGGAAGCUCAACUGGCCGAAACAAAGGUUAGAUUAAAGAACGACCCUUCUGCGACCGUCCAGCGACAUAUUCGUCUACUUCAUGAAUACAAUAAGAUUAAAGAUAUUGGACAAGGCCUGAUGGGUCUCAUUGCUGAUGCGCGCGGAGUGCGCCAGAUUGAAGUGCAGAAAGAAUACGGGGUCGGUGAUCGGGAUUGA